AUGGCUACUCGAUUGAAGGUAUCCAAGGCCUGUAUCAACUGCCGUCGGAGGAAAGCAAAAUGUGACGGCCAGCAUCCUACCUGUGGACCUUGUCUCGAGAGAAGGGAGACCGGGUGCAUAUAUACUGGGCAGAGAGACCGGCGGAGCGGUAGACACGGAUUGUCACGGUCGUUGGCCUUGCAAAGCAGGGUAACGAAGCCAGCAUCCCCGAUCAGGUCGUCAGAUCCAGCUGCCGAGACCUUCCUUUCUGAGUCAGUAUUGUUGAGCUGCCGCGCAACUGAGUCUGUGGUAUCAUCGCAAGAGAAUCCUUUGUCAACGAACGCUGAUGGUCCGUUGGACACGGAAGCACUCACUUCCGAAAGUAAUUCUAAGAGUGCUGAUGCUGGGGUACCUCUGGACGGCGACUCCAUAAUUGACACACCUUUUUUCGGUGGAAGCAGCGCGAGUUCUUUCCUAAAGCAAAUCAACCUAGCGAUCGAUGCUCGACUGGGACAACCGGUACUGGCGAAGAGCAGCCAGGAGUAUAACUUGGCUCCGAGAUCAAGUCUUGCGCAUGUCGGCAAUGCCUCGGAGCUUAACCCAGAGGACCCUCAAAGCUACAUACUUCCUAGCAGAAGAUUUGCCAAUAGCCUCAUGCAAGCUUACUAUGACCUCGUUUGGGCAACAUUUCCGAUUCAUGAUUGGGCCGUAUUUCAAGACGCUUAUGAGUCCGUAUGGCAGGGAACAGCACCGGCAAUCCCCGAACCAACACUAUAUUGCUUGAUGAACCUGAUAUUCGCCUUGGGAAGUCAGUUCUCCGAGGCCGUAGAACCGGACAAGAGAAGGCAGGUCGGUGAGAUAUUUUGGAACCGGGGUUUCAAGCUCUUUGGAUCCCCUUCUGAUGGUCGUGCAUCCAUCGAGCGGGUUCAAUGCAUGCUUUUGAUGGGCCUAUAUCUGCAGAGUACGUGCGAGAUUCAUGAAUCCUGGAUGACCAUCGGCUCUGCUAUUAGGAUGGCCCAAAGCCUUGGUCUCCACCUACCGACAGCCCAGAAUUCAAAUGGUCGAGAGACAGAAAUGGCUCGCAAAGUCUGGCACGGUUGCGUGUAUCAAGAUCAAAUCCUGUCCAUGACUUUUGGGCGGCCGAGCACGGUCAAUAGUGGUCCCUUUGAUCCUGUUCCACUACCAAAAAUGAUCGACGAUGAGUUUUUGGACACUCAGACCCAGCCCUCCGCCACUCGACCAGAUGGGCGUAAAAGUAUCAUGGCGUUCUUUGUCAAAAGCCUUGAGCUGUUCAACAUUGCCAACGAUAUUCAAAAUGAGGCCUACAGGCAACAGAAGGGUGUCCGGGAUGGAGGAAUUAAUCGCCUCAUUUCUGUAUUUCGAUUAGACAAUCGCCUCGUUCAAUGGGCCCAGACAUUGCCUGUUCACUUGCAUUACAGCGAAAGCAUUCAGGAGGGCGAAGGUCUGGCCUUUCGGAGACAACGUGUCGUUCUUCGCGCUCGCUAUCUUUAUGCACGAAUCAGCCUUCUUCGGCCUAUUCUUGCAGAAAUGUAUCUUGAGGAGGCUAGUUCUAGCAAUUUGGAGCUUCCGAAGGAGAAAACGCUACGUCAGCCUUUGAUGGUAGAGUGUACAGUGCUUUGUUUUCAAUUGGCAAACGAGAUGAUCGACGUUCUAUACUCCAACUUUAAUCAUGAGACCGUCACCGGCCCUGUUCCAGCGUGGUGGUUUGGAGUUCUAUUUAUCUACACUGCCGCCACAGUCCUCCUUGCGAAGCGCCUGCGGCCAUUUGGAAAACAUAAUAUUCCUUGCCGUUCAGGCAGGCAAGAUGACGCCUGGGAUAGGGCUAUGCAGAUGUUGCAAGCCUACUCACGAGUGAGCCAAUCCGCUCAGCGCUGCAUCGCCGCGCUCGAGAUCCUGCUGGCCAAGGUCCGGAACGCUGGCCUCAACAGGUCAUCCGAAGGGACAACUAUGGAAAGAAGGCUUCCACUUGACGAGGAGGUGCAUAGAAUAUCUGUGCCCGAUGAAUCGGCGCCGUUGGGAAGAGUAGACGAUGUGGAUGCCUCGGUGGACUUUGGAGGUUUCGAUUUUAACAUUGAUGAUAUGUUUUGGCUAAAUGCCCCGUUAACAGACUUUUUACUCUAA